AUGUACACAUCACGGGUUAUGUUAGCAGCACGUCUUUAUGGCAGUCGCGCCUUCUCAACCAGCGUGCGUAGCCGUGUAAAGAUAAUUGGGUCGGACGAGGCAUACUCGCAAAUAAUCACGGAAGGAACGGGACGCAAGGCGAUUGUUUACUUCACUGCCAAUUGGUGUCCACCAUGCAAGAUGAUUGGCCCUAUCUACGAUGAGCUGAGUGCCAUGUACAAUGACAUUGACUUUGCUAAGAUAGACGUCGAUGCGCUAAACGACACCACCUCCAAAGCCGGCGUGCGCUCAAUGCCCACGUUUUUUUGCUUCAAUGAUGGCAGGUUCCAGCAAUCUCUCUCGUUUUCUGGUGCAGACGAAAGUCUUUUGCGUAACAAUGUUAAGCAGCUGAACGAUCUGUAG